AUGAACAUCAAAAGGGAAAGCUUCAAGGAGUCCCUCUCCAAAGCCUUCACCAACCGUGAAGCACCAACCACCUCCCCCUUUGCCAUGACCACCCCCUCCUCCACCGCGACCUCCGAUGUUUGGCCACCAUUCUGCCCCAAGGUGCAGAAGAAACGCCCUGCCGUGGUAUCCCCCCGUCUCGCAACCCGGGACGCGAAGCGCACCACUACCACAACCACCACGACCACUACUACCACCAACCCUACCAUUCCCGCUCACCUCCUCGCCAAUCUGAAGGCCCUGGUACAGCAACUUGAAUCCACAACCACAGCCGCCGCUGCCGAUGCGGAAUCUACCAUCUGUACCGACGAUGUCCUCUAUGACAGAAAUCCCGAGCAGAAGUACGCCGAUUUCAUAGCUCGCGACAACCUACCCUGGGUGGACACCGCUCUCGACAUCAUUAAGCAGGGCGAGAAAGUCUAUGAGAAGAACAUCAAAGCAUUCCAAGAUAUUACCGAGAAGCUGAUGGCACUGGGCGAGCAGGUGCAAGAGAUUCGGACUGAGAUGGAUGCAAUGUCCUUGAAGCUCAGUCAACUCCAUAUGGAUUGUCUUGAUUUGAACGCGGAGGUUCUUAAUAUCCCGACUCAGGAGGUGUGCGAGAUCACUCGGUUGUCGUUGGAGGCGCUUCUUGAGGCUAAUGCGGGUGAUGUGGAUGGGUAUGCUACUGUGAAGAAGGAAUUGGAGGAGAAGGAUGCCGAACAGAUGAUGGGUUCGCUUGGUUGGUGGGUGAGGUUAAAUGGUAUUCCUGAAGGAAGCUGA